AUGGCAAGUCAAGAACCAUCGCCAUACUUACUUAGAGGAAUAUGGAGCACACGUAAACUGUACAUUUAUGCAACAGCUUUCAUAGCAAUCUUUAUAAUUUUUUUGCUGACCUCUCCGAAAAUAGUACCAGACUCCAUUUUGGAACACACUGUAAUAGACGAUGAGGGAAAUGUGUUUAGUCCAUCAUCUGAACAAAUCACAAACGAUUCUCCUAUAAAUGAAACAAUUACUCCAGUAGCAGGAAAUGAAGAAGAAUUCCAAGAAGCAACUAAUGAAAUAGAUUCUGAAGAAGAAGAAGAGGGAUACUAUAAAUUUUUAUUGCUGAUAAAUUCAAAUAUAGGGGAUUCUUCGAGACGAAAAUUAAUUAGGGAAUGGGUGUUUGGGAUUCGGGAUACUCUUGUACCGUUUAAUAGUGGACAAAAACAAAAGUCGAUUUAUUAUCGAUUUUUGACGCGAAAAAGAGGGUCGUUUAAAAAACAUGAGCAGGAGAUUCGGCGUGAAUUUUUGUCGGAAUUUAUAGAGUUUGAUGAUAUAGUUGAACUUGAAUACGAUGAAAAAGAGGAGGGAUGGCAAGAAGUUACGCUUAGAUGGUCAAAUAGCCUUGAUAUCACAUAUGAUCAUCUCGUUGUCAUUGAUAUCCAUACACUAAUAAAUUUUGAAAAAUUACAACAAAUGAUCUCUGGCUCGUUAAUAAUACGCGGGCAGCAAGCUCUGACACGUGAGCAAAAAGACAACCUAUUAUGGGGCUCAUUUUCCAAUCUGGAUGCCGACGAAAUGGCAGUAGUAAUUGGAUCAGCAGCAGUCGAUACAAUUAUGGAUUCUUUGUUUGAGAUUUCCGAGUCUCCCAUUGCUGAAAGCAUUAACUCUUCUAAUGUAUUAACUAAAGCUUAUUACUACUUUUCCGAUCAAAUUCACAAAGCAGAGACAACUAUUCCGAUCCAUCUGAUAAAUGAUAAUUCUGGGAUCGUAGAAUGGCCAAAUGCAAUUGAGUCGGUUUCUCCAGAAUCGACAAUUUUUGUUGGUCAUAUCUUUCAAGAUGGUGAAUUUGUGGAAUUAGUUUCGUGGCUAAAUGUUUCGAAAGCAUUUAUUCGCAGUCCGCCACCACCAAUUCGCUCUGAUGAGAGUGAAAAUAAAAACGGCAGUUUAUCAAUUGCAAUCGUCACUAGUAGUUUUGUCUACAAAGACAUGUGCAUGGUUGAUGCCGUUGUUCCAGCAGCCGAUAAUAAACGUGAAUACGCAGAAAAACACGGAUACUAUUUUGUUCCCAGAUCUGCAGAAUUUGCUCAACAAACACUUCGACAUCGAAAAACAGUCUGGGGUAAGGUUGAUGCUGUCGAAAAAACCUUACCACACUAUGAUUGGCUUUUUUGGGUAGACAUGGAUGCUGUGAUUUUCAAUCAAGAAAUCACUAUUGAAAGUCUACUAGAAAAUUUCACAUCGAUUGUUGGAGGUCCUGAAGCUUUCAGCCAAAAACAUUUUAUUGUUGCUAAACCAAUAGGCGACAAGAUGAUUAACGCUGGUGUGUUUUUAUUGAGAAAUUCAGAGUGGAGUCGAAGGUUUUUGAGGGAGGUGCAGGGUCGAAAAGAUCAGUAUUUUGGAAAAUUCUUCGAGCAGCGUGCUAUGUGGGAUGUAAUAAAUGAAGAUGAAUGGAAAGAUGGGGCUUUACUUUUGUUAAAUGACGAUCAUACAUUCAACACAUUCCCGAAAAGAUACAAACAUGGAGAUUUUAUAGUACACUUUGCGCCUGAUGGGUGUCCUGCAGCCCCCGUAAUUGAAGCUCUUAACAAAUUACAAGAUGGUCCAGAAUUGCAAGAGGAUCAAGAUGAUCCAGAAUUGCAAGAGGAUCAAGAUGAUCCAGAAUUGCAAGAGGAUCAAGAUGAUCCAGAAUUACUAGCUGAUCAAGAAUCACUAGAUCCAGAAUUAUUAGAAAGUAACUUUCGAAUAUAG